AUGACUAGGGCUCUUAAAGCCAGAAACAAACAAGGUUUUAUAGAAGGUACUGAAUUAAAAGAUAAUAAGGAUGCAAUUAAAUCUCUAAAGUGGGACAGAGUUAAUGCUAUUGUAUGUUCUUGGAUUCUUAACUCACUUUCCGAAUCUAUUUACAUUGGGCAUGCUUGUUCUGAGUUUGCUUUAGAUGUUUGGAAUGAACUUUGUGAAACUUAUUUUAAGGCUGAUGGUUCUGUUGUUUUUAACAUUCAUCAACAAAUUAAUGGUCUCACACAAGGGAGCAUGUCUGUUUCAGAUUAUUUUAAUAAGUUGGAUGGUUUAUGGAAAGAGUUUGAUGGCUUAACAAAGUGUCCAGAUUGCACUUGUGAAGCAGCUACUCAUACUAAAAAUCAUUCAAAGCUCAUGAAACUUAUACAAUUUCUCAAUGGUCUUGAUGAUUCUUAUAACCCAGUUAAAAGUCAUAUUCUAAUAAUGGAACCUUUACCUGAUGUUAAAACUGCUUUUUCAAUUGUUUCUAGAGAAGAAUCUAAUCAGAAGCAUGGAAAUGUUUCUGUGUUAUCCACUAAAAUUCAAAAUUCUUCUGCUUUUGCUGGUAAAAUUACUGCUAACAAGAAAUUUAAAGGAAGAAAUCAGAAUUUAAUAUGUAAGAAUUGUGGGAUAAAGGGUCAUACUAUUGAGAAAUGUUAUAAGCUUAUUGGGUAUCCUAAGGAUUUUAAACCCAAGUUUGAGUUUAAUAAGUCACCAGCUGUGACUGGUACUUCUUCUCAUGUUAUUGAAAGUACAAAUACUAAUGCUUCAGUUGUUUCUUCUGAUAAGUAUGGUCAUCAUUUUUUAACAAGUGAUCAAUAUUCAAAGUUGAUGUCUCUUCUUCAUGAGAAAGAGUUGUCAGAAGGUGUAUCUGCUAAUGCUAAUAUGGCAGGAGCUAGUCAACAUAUGACUGCUACUGAUUCACAAUUUUCAGAUGUUGUGGAUGUUUCCAAACUAAAUCUAAGAGUUGAUCAUCCUAAUGGUUUAACUGCUAAAAUAGAUAAGAUUGGAAACAUCAUUCUUUCUGAUUCGAUUAGCAUGUCAGAUGUUUUUGUUAUACCUGAUUUUCAUGUUAAUCUUUUGUCUGUUCACAAGAUAUGUAAAGAAAAUAAGUGUAGAGUUGUUUUUGAUGAAAAUAACUGUUAUGUUCAGGAUUCACUGUCAAUGGAGACUGUGAUGACUGGUAAAGAAUCUGGAGGUCUUUAUUAUUUGGAAAAUCAGUUGUUAGGUAGGACAAAUUAUGUUGUUAAUUGUCAUAAAUGUUUUAUAUCAAGAUUAACCUGGCAUAAUAGGCUGGGACAUCCUGCUGAUAAAGCUCUAAGUACUUUAAAAUCAGUUUUAAAAUUUGAUAAUGAAUCAGUUAUGCCAUGUGAGAUGAUUUCACUAGAGCUACAUGGGUUUAUUUGA